CAAGAAGAAGAUGACGACGACAAAAUUCUCUUUGAUUCUCUGCGGCGAAGAAGAAGGAGAAGGAGGAGAAAAGAGAAGGGAAGAAGAAGAAGAAGGAAGAGAAGAAGAAGUAGUAGUAGUAGUAGAAAUCUUUGCUGUGCCUUACAGGAAGCCAUGAUCAGCCACUUUCUAAUACCACGGUUUUAACAAUGCUGUAUUAACUGUAUUGUCAAACGUGGAUUCGUAUUAAAACGACGAACGGUAAACUAAACAAAAUGUCAGCGGACGAUUUUCAGACCAAGUACGCAUCUGUCAUGGACAGCAUGCUCAAGAGUGCUAUCGCAGAGACUACGAAACUUUUCGAAAGUAUGGUCGACGAACUGAAGGCAGAAAUAUCCAGAAUCAAGAAGGAGAACGAAGACCUCAAAGCGAGAUGCAGCCUGUAUGAGAGUGCGAGAAUCCAACCGACUGUUUAUGUGACAGAACGUGAGCCUCUCGUGGGGAGAAGCGGCGGUUCAGAGAAACGUGAUACAGCUGUACAGUGUGACCCUGAUGCUUUUGAUACAAUUCUGGUAGAGCAGUGUCAACCACUGAGGCACUCAUUGUCGCAAAACCAAAAGCACCACAGUUAUGAGGAGAUGGUGUAUGCUUUACAGGAGCAUGACUAUGAGAUCUGUGGAGAGGGAAAUUCUCAAAUGGCCUUUACACUUGUCAAACAGGAGUCUCACUUAAAGCAAGAGGAAGCUGAGUCCACUGUGGGCUGUGGACAAGUUUCAAGUGAUAAAGCAGAUCCACCACGGACCUCUCCUUGUCGAACUGAACAUGAAGGACCUUUCAUUGACACAGUGUGUUCAACUAGAGAAAUACCCUUGCCUCAAGGACAUGAAGACACCCAAGUGGCACUGGAACUGCCUUCUUUUGGGACAUAUAGUUGUUUACAAGGAGCUCAGAACCAAUCAUCUGAACUAGGGCACACAGUCAUCUCACUCGCUGCAAUAAAAGAUGGCAUGCAAGAUGAACCUGAAGUUAGUCAGAAGACAUCAGAUAUUCAUACACAUGGAGAGCUCAUGACAUCUCAUAAACACCAGUUGUUGAAUUAUCAUCAGUCAGAGGCUGCACUGCUUGAAGAAGGGCAGCUGUGUCAAACCAUGGGCCAACCAUCGAUAAAUGAUCCAAGUGAUGUAGCUCAUCAACAACAUGCUGAUAUGCAGUCUGUGCAGGAACAGUUAGCACAACACACACCACUCAAUGAGGGAGAAAUAUGUGAUGAAUUAAAAAAUAGCGUGGCAGAAGUGGAGGCUAGUUCCCAGCCUGAUGGAAGAGGACAGCCACCAAAGAAAGCAAAACAUCUGCAACGGUCAUGGAAAGACAUACUUCAGUCACCAUCUCCUGAUAUUACACCUGAGCAAGAAGUGAAAAAAUCCCCUGCACAAGAAGUGAAAGAGGUUGAGGUCUCUUCUGCAGUUGAUACAGUUAAUAUCACUUCACUCAAGUCUCUCUCACAAGCUCGCUCAGUUCAUCCUGAAGAUUCUUCCUCUGUUAUCAUUCCAUCCAACCAGGAGAGAACAAAUCCUGCCUUAAAAGAUGUGGUUGUUUCUCUCGAAGUUUCUUCAGUAUCGCAACAACAUAUGAAUAUGGCAGAAGGCAUAAUUCAGGCGCCAUCUGCUGAAGUUUCUUCUACACUGGAAACACCAACUGAGUCACCACAAAUACCAUCAGUUCAGCCCAGAGAAUGUUGCACCUCUGUAAAUUUUCAGGAUGCAAUGCUAUUAGUUGAGGCUAUGUAUCAGCCAGUGUUAGAAAGUACAUUCUCUUUUGAACAAAGAACAGCAGCACCACAAGCCCAAACCCAUUGUGCUCUCAGUGUGGGUGCCCUACAAUCUGUGGGCAAGGCUCCAGCUGAGAUAGAGACAGUGCUGCAUCCUGUUGAAACUCAUGAAGCAUUGGAUGCUCUACCUACAGAGCUGUGCACAACAACACAGUCGAUAAUGCAGAAACUUCCUCCUCAGACUACGGAUGUCACUCUAAGCAGCGAUGCUCAGGCCCACAUUAAGAUUCUCACACCAAAAAAACACCACAUGGUCACUCUAUCUAAUGCUAUGACAUCAAGUAAACGGGCUAAAGCAGUACCUUCUAAACUAAUUGUGCCAAGAUCGGUAUCCUCAUUAAUGCCUCAUAAAAUUGCAGUACAGUCUCCAACCCAGCUACCUAAUGUUAGGUCAAUGUGUGUUGCUGCACAAAAUAAAAGUACACUCCCAGGCUCUACAGCUGUAGGUUUACCUUUUGGAACACUUUCUUUUUCCUCUGCUUCUCAGAAAACAGAUAACAUUACUGCCAGCAAAUCCCAUCCUGUUGUCACACAGUCAACCAUUACAUCUAAAGACUUGGAGUCAGAGACUCUACUACGUCCAAAAAUAAUAACUAUGAUUCCACAAACUUCAGUGGGGCCAGAGCCUACCUUCAUGUCUCCAGUGGUAGCCCCAGUUUUUAAGCCCCAACUCUCUGCUGUGGUCAGAUUAACCAGGCUCCCAUUUCCAGUAUCAACCAAUGAAUCAGUUUUGGUCUCAAGACUGUGCACAAAUGGAUGUUGUGACUCUCAGUCCAUUUUGAAAGAAUGUACUAUACAAGAGAAAUCAUCAACGCCAUUAGAGACACUUGUGUCAUCCAAUGACAUUUGUUCCAGUUUCAAAGAAAAUUCUGUUGCUGUGUCUGCAAAAACUUCUCAGAUGUCAGAAGAUCCAAAUGAUAUUAAAGCAAAGGUAUCAUUAGCCUCUGAAAACUGUACCACUUUGGAAGAGUUGCCUGACAGCAGGUAUGUGCAGUUAUCUGCACCAUCAGCCUAUUUGAACUCAACAGUAACCCUCAACAUGACUGAGUCUUCAGCUGUAUCUGGUGGAACUGGUGAACUUGCUUCUAAUUUGGACAGGGAAAUAAUCAGUAGUUCAUUGCAUGAAGCAUUCCCUAAUGACCAACCUGUAGAAGAGAUGCAAUCGGCUGCAAUCAUAAAUGUAGGAUCCAUCACAUCCAAGGACACAUCUGAGCCUCAUUUACAGAUGAGUAAAACAACCCUGGCACAGUUGGCCAUGUCUCCUGCAGCACAAGACCCACAAAAGGCAUCUUCUAAUGAGUCUGUAGAUGCCAGAGCUUCUUGUACAGAGGCUAGCACCGGUGACAAGCAACGGCUACAGAAAAAUUUCCUAAUGGUCCAACUCCGACAUCACAUCAAAAGCCACUUACAAGCUAAGAAAAAUGAAACAAAUCCAGAACCACGCACAGAAACGGAGACUGGGACUGUAAGCCUUAAAAAUGUUAGAUUAGAGAAUGACCAUCCAAAUGACAAAAACACAACUAGUGUACAUAUGCCUCUUAAUCCAGAAAACCCAUGGGCAGUAGAAGAUGUUACAUCUCCGAAAAAGACAGCUGGUGACCCUAUUUCCAUUAGUUACAGGAGAUCUGGACUGUGUAAAGAUGUUGAAUCCAAGAACGCUUCUAGUGCUUUGUUUUCUGUCAGUUCGAAGAGGUCUAAGGCCAGUAAUGAGUCCACUCCUAUACGUCCCAGGAGGACAAAUUCUUUUAGAGAUGGUGUAGGUUCCAAAAAUAAAAAAUCCACUUUUGUCAGUCCAGAGAGGUCAAGCCCAACUGAAGAUGGUGGUACCCCUCAAAAGCCCAAAAACAUUUCUGUGCUUUCUGGGAAAACAAGUUCAACUAGCGAUGAUGCUGUCCUAAAAAAGAGAAAAAUUCCAACCAACAAUACCAAAACCACUCCUGUGAGAUCUAAGAGGACUUGCUUGAGCAGAGCUGUUGUUAGUCCUAAAAGGACUGAAUCUACUUCUGUUAGUUCUGAGACAUCAGGUACAAGCAAAAGUUGUACUGCUCCUGAAAUACAUACCAGUGAUUUAACCUCUGUCAUUCACAUAAUUAAAGAGGGUACAAUUCCUAAAAUUAAUUUAAAACUGGUGGAUUUUAACAAGGUAGAAAGUGAAGCAACAAAAGUCACAACAAUCGCAAAAAUGAGAGAUUCCCAUCAAUCAACAUUGCAGAAUGGAGCUAAAACAAGCCAGUUAGUAGAGAUCCGUGCUAGCUGUGAGGCUGUAAAAAAAUGUAUGGCUAAUGCUGUGUGGACCCCUCCUAAAAUGCCACCCAGUAAAACACCUCCAGCAGGGGAAAAGAGGUCAGUACGCUUACCUGUAAAAAAGGAGACAAUCUCCCCAAGAUCCCAGAAUCGUAUCGCUGUUUACCCCCCCAGCAUUUCUCUCCACCCUAUACCUGUCAAAACACCACCUGUUGUCUCACCAUUACAGCCUUUAUCAGUUAUUGGUAGGCGUCUGCUCAAAAACCAGUGUGGGGAGUGUGGUCGCGUCCUCAGCAGCAGUGCUGCCCUGGAAAGCCAUGUUCGUCUGCACAAAGGUAGACGACCGUUCUCUUGCACACUCUGUGGGAAGUGCUUCACAGACUCCAAGGGUCUUAAACGGCAUGGACGAGUGCACCGCAAUGGAAGGAUUCAUGUAUGUCAACAGUGUGGGAAGGGCUUUGUCUACCGAUUUGGCCUCACCAAACACGUCCAGAUGGUUCACAGCAGGAUUAAACCUUUUGUUUGCCAGAUAUGCAACAAGGGGUGCUUCACAAAACUAGAUGUGGAAGCCCACAUACGUAUCCACACUGGAGAGAAACCAUUCCACUGCAACCUCUGUGAAAAAAAAUUUACAAGGAGGGUAGAUCUAAAUGUCCAUUUAAGGUGGCAUAAUGGGGAGAAGAGACACUGGUGUCCAUACUGUGGGAAAGGAUUUUUAGACUUCAAUAACAUGAAAAGGCACAAGUAUAUUCACACAGGGGAGAAACCACAUUCUUGCCCACACUGUCCCAAGCACUUUACACAGUCAGGCCACCUGAAAAAGCAUGUUAAAAAUGUACAUAAAAUUCAAUAAGAGGUGGACAUCCAUGAUGCCAUCCUGUUCCACUGAGAAGGAUUAAGUUUCUAACAUUAGACAUGUAAAGUCUUAUUGUGAGAAUAUUUAGUGUGGCAAUGAAAUUUGAUGUGGUUUGUUUUUCUUUGCUGUAGUCUAUCUUUAACCCUCUGGAGUCAUGUUUUUGACUACUUUUGAUUUUACCUUUAUAUUUCAACUUAAAAAUGGUUUACCUUGUCUUGUUUGGUGCCACUCCAAAAAACAGUUCCUGUCUACCACAAGAUGGAGGGACACAUCACAGGCCUGACACUUCCAAGAUGUUUCACUUCUCCUGUUGUCCACCUGGAGGCAGCGUUUACACUUUAGAAUCAGAAUCAGAAUUCCUUCGUUUAUCCCUGAGGGGAAAUUCUUUUUUCGUACAGACACUGCACUUGUACUUUCCCGACCAAGAAAGAAAAUUUAAAAUAUGAAGUGAGAUAUAAACUAAAAUAAAAUAUAAAAGAUCAGAUAUUUACAUGUGUCUGUACAUUUAUACAUUUUUGAGGGAAAAGUAUGUGUGUCCGUUACAGUGCAGAGUUUAAUAGUAUGAUGGCAAGGAGUCAGCAGAAAAUCUGGACCUGGUGGGUGUCCCUUCCUUUGUGCAGACGCCCCAGGAGCACUCUGUCUGCACAUCGGGGCUCCCCGUUCUCUCUUUCCUCUUCCAAAACAAAAGAGGAAUCAUCCACUUCGUCAUCAGAGUCCUCACUCUCUGUCUCUGUGUCUCCCUCUGCGCCUUCCUGUUUAAAGAAGAGCCGGUGCUUCUCUUGACUCCAGGGGGUUAAAGGCAAAUGCAAAUGCACAUUUGAAAGCAUUUUGUAAGCUCUUUUAGAGGAGGAUUUAUUUUUUAUUUUAUUUUUCAGAAGGCAUAAAGCAGUAGUUCAGCAUUUUAGUUGACACUGAAAGAUGCACUUGUUAGUUGUAAAAAUGUCAAUUUCAUAUUUAAACUGUACAGAUUAAAUAAAUGAGAUGAUUUAAGAGCUUUAGAGGUUUUCAUCAUCAUAUUUUUGAGCACUGAUCGCAGUCAGGCCACCUGUUUCUUCCAGCUCACAGUUUUUUUGCAGAGCUAAAAUAAUUGUUUAGUGGCGUCAUCUCCGUAUUUAAUGCACAGCUAUGAGAGUGGUAACUCAGCAAAGUAACAUGUAAGCACAAUUCCCAAUAUGUGAAGCUAAUCCUUUAAAACAAAUUUUCUCAGGGCACCGUCUUCUCUUCUGAGAUUAUGCAUAACCAGUAUUAACAUUGUAGAUUUCUACAGCUGCACCUUAUUUCUGUGUGUGUUUAUUCAGAUAAGUUCUUUUUAUGUAUACAGCCAUAACAUGUUUUAGAUUUUGCAGCUUUAUUGAAAAAAUACUAAGGGUAACCUGACACCAGACCCAAGUAGCCUUUAUGAUAGUAUAUUGUUUUAGACAUUGCCUUCAGAGUAAACAGCUGCAUACUAGAGCCAUUAUAGUCUUGUCAGCAGAUAAGUUGUGGUUGUGAAAAAUUUAAAGUAUUUUUAUUAUUUUUCAGUCCUAUCUGAAAAGCGAACUUAGCUGUUAGUUAUUUGGAAUAUAUAGUACAUGUAUGGAAAAUGAUUGAAUUUCAAGUAUUGUUAUUUAAAAUUAUUUUUUUCCCGCUUUUCACUGUUGCAAAGAUGCAAAAAUGACAUCAAUGGUUAAUAGUUGUGCUUGUUCCAUGAUUAACUCCUCAAACAAGGUUUAUGAUAUUUUUUUUUUACUAUUUUAAUCUCUUUGCUAUCUAUGUGUAAUCCCUGACAAGCCAAUGAAUGUAACCUUACAGUUUCCAUAAAUGCAUUAUAUGUGCAAUUGCUUUUUUUAAAAAAAAAACAAAAAACAAAACUGAAGUUAAUAUAUUGCCUAUUUGAGCUCACACACUGUUGUUGAUCCUGCCUUAAACACAUCUGUUCAUGUUUUAGAUUACUUUUUAUGCCUUUGUGGCACCUUUCUCUUAAUCUUUUGUCAAAACACAGGUACAAAGGACCAGACAUAUCAGAGCGUGUAAAAAUGGGAUGAGGUGUUCAGUCAGUGGGGCACACCUCUGAACUGCUUACUGUCAUGUGGUUCUGUGUGUUGCUUUCUCUCUAUAUAGAGAUUAAACAUUUUGGCUGCUUCCA